UCUCUCUCUUAUCAUACAAACAUAUGCAUGCAAAUGCAGAUUCUCUUCAACUAAAACUGUGUUAUACAUGGCUAACUAAUCACCACAUCUCUCUCUCUUUUUUUUUUCUUUCUAAUUAUAAUUUUUGCAGGGAUUGCUUUCACAUUUUGUGGAACACGGCUUUCUCGCCUCUAUAGGCAACUCCAGAUUUUAUUGUUUUCUUUGCUUUUUCUUUUUUCCUUCUCGUUUCGGUUUUGAGGAAGAGCAGAAUAUGUAAGUCUCAUUCUCAAAUGUGUUUUUAGGGUUUAACUAUCCAUUGGUUCAACCUCAAAAAAGACAUGGCCAACACCAAUGACCUUGUGUUUUGGCCUUACAAUGACCAUUCCUCGCGAAUACUGCCAGCCUUUAUCCCCUCCCCUUCCUUUCACGGCAUCUUGAGUAAUCCGAACCCGAAACCAAUAUCCGAAGCCAUUCCUCAAUUUGAAUUCGACCCAGAAAGCCUUUACGCCGUGUUCCUCCAACCGAACAAUGAAAACGAUAACCGAAAUCCUUAUCACCAUUAUCAAACAUCUCUAAAUCUCCUUCCCUUGAACAAGACGGUGGAAGACCAAAGCUUUGACGCCUCAGAGACCAACGUUCGCAUGGAAGAUUCCAAGGAAAUCUCGAAUCAUCGAGUCCCAACUCAAGCCUCUAAGAAAAGAGCAAGCAAAACGGAUAGGCAUAGCAAAAUCUACACGGCGAAAGGGCUUAGGGACCGAAGGAUGAGACUGUCGCUUGAGGUGGCUAGAGAGUUCUUCGGCUUACAAGACAUGCUCGGAUUCGACAAAGCAAGCAAGACAGUCAGCUGGUUGCUCACACAAGCCAAGCCCGAGAUCAAGAAGCUCGCAAGAAGCCCCCCACAGCAAUUUAACAAUGGUUUGAGCAGCGAGGAAUCGCAAACGCGACGGCCUGAUCUCGACGAGGUUGCAUCUGGCUGGAUCGGCCAGGAAGGAAGCAACAUGAACAAGGACAUGCCCACAAAUCUAUGCGAAGUUGCAUCAGCAGCAACGAAAGAGAUGGAGGAAAAGUCGGCCAAAGAUAAGAAGAAGAGAUCACAAUCGAGAAACCCUAUCUUAAGGAAGAUCCCAAAGGACGCUAGAGUGAAGGCGAGGGAGCGAGCUAAGGAGAGAACGAAAGAGAAGUUAAUGAUGAAGGAAAGAUCAGCAUCAGAAGCUGUGGUUCAUCAUAUGAAGACCAGCGACGUGAACGACCACUUGGGCACGAACUCGAACUGGAGUUCUUUCGAAACCGGAGAGGAUUCUGUCCAAGGGAUGGAAGAACCGAGCCCUAGCAAUGGAUUCGUUGCUUGUAAUAACACGGGGAUGAGUGACGUGGCACAAGAGUCUAUGACUAUAAUCAACAAAUGGAGCCCUUUCUCGAUCUUUAAUUAAUUACCAUCAAAACCACCGAUCACCUGCUUCCAUGGAGUGUCAGUUUACGGAUCUUCAUCAAUUCUCGGGGAAGCCAAGGAAUGCCUUCUACAACUCACGAAUCAUGUGUUGAGGUCGAUUAGCUUAUGAUAUAUCUCAAAUUAAUAUUUGGGGUCGAUCCAUAUAUAAUUAUGAAGUAUUCUUGCCUUGGAUUAGGGAUAUCAUCAUCAUCAUCAUUAUUAUUAUUAUUAUUAUUAUUAUUAUUACUAUUACUAU